AUGGCAUCCCUGCCCUUCAGGAGCAUCCUGGUCAAUGGGGUCUGCUCUGUUCCAGGCAGUGGAGGGCGACAGCACGCUCACAAUGAUCAUAAAAUAAAGGAGACGCGCGGGGUGGGGGCGAGAGAGCCCCGAGCCUCACCCCUUCGCCCCCAGCCACCCCCCAGCAGUCCUGAGCUAGGAGGAGGUGGGGGCUGGGGGCGCCCGCGCCGGCCUCAGACCCUAGUAGAGCCAAAGGACACUACCCGGGGAAGGGAGUGGGGGCGCCCCGAGGACGUGCCCGCGGCAGGGUCAGGGACGUCCGGAGGGCGGCGGCCGGGGCACGCAGAGCGGCCCGAGGGGCAGGUCCUCGGCGGCCGCUCCGGGGCCCCGCGCGGCGGCGGGCGGCGACAGCGACAGCGGCGAGGGGACGCGGCGCGUCCACGUGGGGGCGUUAGCCCGCGCCCGCGAGUGGACGCCGACGGGGACCCGCGCUGCGCCGCGCGCCUCGGGGACACAGCGGGCGGCCCGAGCCCGGCGCUCGCCUCCUGGAAGCCGCGGGUCGGCGCUCGCCCCCCAGGGCGCCGGGACCUCCGCGCUCGAACAGAAACUGCUCUUCCAUUGAUUCGCCCGGACGGGCAGCGGCCGGUGCGCGUGUCCCGAGCGCGUGCGGAAGGCAGAGGGGCAGGAAGUCGGUCUUCUGCGGCGAGCGGGGCGGCACCGCGCAGGGGACGGAGCCUCCCUCACUUAUGUGUCUGCCGCCCUGCGCCGCCGACACCCGAAGACUUCAGGGAGCGUCUCGGAACCGCGUUCCCCGCGUGUGAGGCACGGAGGGGCUGGAUGUCCAGCAACAUGAUUAUCCAUUAACCUCCGAACUUUUCUUUUUAACCCAAAGAAUAUCG